CUAACAAAUAAAGCUUGCCUGAAGAUCAGAGUGCAGAGCUAAGCCUCUAGUUAUCCAUAGAAGCCAAGCAGCGGUGGCACACACCUACAAUCCAGCACUUGGGAGGCAGAGGCAGACAGAUUUCUGUACUUCCCUCUCCAUGUGACACCCUCUAUGGUCAACAUUCCCUGCUACUUUGUAGUGCAUUUGUAGUUCUGCCACCUUCCAAAUGGAUCACUUCACCUACAUAACAAACAGAUUUGUUGUAAUGAAGGAGUGGAUCUUCAGACUGACUGGCUUCCUUUGCAGCCUUUUAUCUCUGGUAUUUGGAAUAAUCCUCUUAAGCAGCCGGUACUGGCGCCUCUGGGAAUUCGAUAAUAAGGUGGUUAAGCUUGUGUACAUUGGACUCUGGAAAGCUUAUUACCAUCAGGAGUUUAACAUCUCUGGCUCUGUGACCAGGGUUCUGGUGCACAGCCCUGUCAACUUGGAUUGGACCAUUUCACCUGAAUUUCGGUAUGCACAGAACCUGAUAAUAGUGUCAAUUUUGAUCAAACCUUUUGUCCUGGUUUUCAACUCAGUGGCCAUUAGAAUCAACAUUAUCAAAGCUUCAAUCCCUGAGGUUCAGAUACUCUGCUACAAGUGCUGUGUCUUAAUUCUGCUUCUCAGCAGCCUUUGCACAACUCUUUCUGUGACCUGGAACGAGGCAGAAGAUCUUCAUGGUGAAACCACUCUUGACUUUCCACCCACCUUUCCUGUUCGGAAAGAAGCACUGAUAAAGAAACACCACACUCGUGUGUUCCCCAUAGGGAUCCUGACAGCCACGCUGUCACUCCUUGCUAUGAUUAUAUUCCUCUUUGAGAUCAGGUCAUUGGAACGACAGAGUAAGCUGAAGGCCUAUCGUGCUUCCAAGCAGGCCCAUCAAAAUGUCUGAAAUGAGAGCUCUGCUGUUUUCAAAAUAUGCCAAGAGAAUGCUUAAAGAUAUUUCUCAUUCACACACAAUACUCAUGUAAUCAUCAACUUGCUCCAAAUAAAACAUCAACCUGGUU